AUGAAGUCGAAUAUUACACACUGGCUCUGUCUUUGUGUCGCCGUACUAGUCAUUCAGAGCAUCGCCAAACCCGUACAGCAAAAGCCUCUCGUCGGCGUGGACGUUAUGGUCCAGGAAGACAAAAUUCCCGGCCACAACGAUGCUACAUACGAUAUCGUGCCAAAGGAAGACCAGCUAUUGAACGUCGAGUUCCUUGAGGUUGCCCCAACGCCUAUUAUCGCCGACCGCGUCUUUUUCGUCUACCUGCGCGGUCGUCUAUCUGGAUCCAAAAUGAAGGAACGAGGACUCUUUGAUAAGGGCCUCGUCGAUGCGACGCUCUCUGUGAGCGCCUCUGUUGUCUACCCAGAUGGUAGCUACAUGGAACCAAGGUCCCUUACAAUGCCUUUAAAGACUGUUUCCAUCAACGAUGCAGCUCACUUUCUUAUUCGCGAUUCUAAUGGUAUUCAAAUUGAUUACCUACCCAGUAGCGGCCGCAGUGACAUGUUGCUAGAUUUUCAGAUUCCUGCAAUGUUUUUGAAGAGCGGUAUGUGGACUUUUAAAGUCGACGCCAGGCUCGGAGAUAAAGACAAUUCAUGUCUAUUUGCCAUGUCGUUGACACAAUGGUUGGACGGGGGGCUUUGA